ACGAUAGCAUCGCGUUGUCAUCGUAAAGUCCAAAAUAUUAAUAUAUGUAUAGGUCGCAUAACCAUUAGGCUUUUAAUACUAAACAGUUAAAAAUACGUCAUCUGAGAUACGAAGACAAAACACAAGACCGAAAAUUUUUACUUUACGUGACUGAUAGCAAUUAUUUUUCUUACGUUGAAUAUUGGUUAUUUUAUAUUUUUAUAGAUUACAUUUCGGUAAAAAACACACGUCUAUACAGGGACUUGUCAUAUUUCCUUCUUGAUGUAAUACUCAUAUCUGAAUGAACGAGCUUCGGAGAAAAUUAUUGCACGCAGGUGCCCACACGCCCAACGUACCUGCUAUAUGAUAAAUGUGUUGUGUCGGCAGUCUGUCAAUCGUUUCAUGAACGUACAUACCGAACCGGACACUUGUUAAAAUAUUUUGUCCGCCUAAUUCGUUCGUUUUUUUAAAUAAAAAUAUUUUUACUCUUCAGUUUUCGAUCACUGUUAAUUACGGCGAUAAUGUCGUCGUCGACAAAUAUGUGCCGUUUCAACUUUUUAUUUGUAUUAUGUAUUUUAAUUUUAAACGUGUUGACUUUAAGUUUUGCAAAACCAGUAAAAGGUCAUUUUAGACAUUUUGAUUUCCUGAAAAUGAACAUAUUCAAACGCAUGAAUUCAGUAGGUACAAAUAUAAUUUCACCAUUGGCAAUCAACGAAAAUUACAAUGAGACGAUAACUAUGGAAACGUCAACAAUUGAAUAUCAGCCUACUAUAGAGAAUCCAUCGUCGUUACCACCCGCUGUAAUUUCUACAAUCACAAUUUCGACUGUGUCGUCACCUGAUAUUACAAUACCCCCAACUACAAAUCUACCUUCGUCACCUGAUAUUACAAUAUUUCCAAGUACACUUGUGCCAGAAACUACUGAAGCUCCGAGCACACAUCCACCUUCGUCACCUGAUACUACACCUGAUACUACAAUACUUCCAAGUACACCUGUGCCAGAAACAACUGAUGCUCCAAGCACACGUCCACCAUCGUCCUCUGAUACUACAAUACUUCCAAGUACAUCUGUGCCAGAAACAACUGAAGCUUCGAGCACACAUCCACCAUCAUCCUCUGAUACUACACCUGAUACUACACCUGAUACUACACCUGAUACUACACUUGAUACUACACCUGAUACUACAAUAUCACCAAGUACAUCUGUGCCAGAAACAACUGAUGCUCCGAGCACAUAUCCACCAUCGUCUUCUGAUACUACAAUACUUUCAAGUACAUCUGUGCCAGAAACAACUGAAGCUUCGAGCACACAUCCACCUUCGUCACCUGAUACUACAAUAUCUUCAAGUACAUCUGUGCCAGAAACAACUAAUGCUCCGAGCACACACCCGCCAUCGUCCUCUGAUACUACAAUACUUCAAAGUACAUCUGUGCCAGAAGCUACUGAAGCUCCGAGCACACAUCCACCUUCGUCACCUGAUACUACACCUAAUACUACAAUAUCACCAAGUACGUCUGUGCCAGAAACAACUGAUGAUCCGAGCACACAUCCACCAUCGUCCUCUGAUACUACAAUACUUCCAAGUACAUCUGUGCCAGAAACAACUGAAGCUUCGAGCACACAUCCACCAUCAUCCCCUGAUACUACACCUGAUACUACACCUGAUACUACACUUGAUACUACACCUGAUACUACAAUAUCACCAAGUACAUCUGUGCCAGAAACAACUGAUGAUCCGAGCACACAUCCACCAUCGUCCUCUGAUACUACAAUACUUCCAAGUACAUCUGUGCCAGAAACAACUGAUGCUCCAAGCACACGUCCACCAUCGUCCUCUGAUACUACAAUACUUCCAAGUACAUCUGUGCCAGAAACAACUGAAGCUUCGAGCACACAUCCACCAUCAUCCCCUGAUACUACACCUGAUACUACACCUGAUACUACACCUGAUACUACAAUAUCACCAAGUACAUCUGUGCCAGAAACAACUGAUGCUCCAAGCACACGUCCACCAUCGUCCUCUGAUACUACAAUACUUCCAAGUACAUCUGUGCCAGAAACAACUGAAGCUUCGAGCACACAUCCACCAUCAUCCCCUGAUACUACACCUGAUACUACACCUGAUACUACACCUGAUACUACACUUGAUACUACACCUGAUACUACAAUAUCACCAAGUACAUCUGUGCCAGAAACAACUGAUGAUCCGAGCACACAUCCACCAUCGUCCUCUGAUACUACAAUACUUCCAAGUACAUCUGUGCCAGAAACAACUGAAGCUUCGAGCACACAUCCACCAUCAUCCCCUGAUACUACAAUACUUCCAAGUACAUCUGUGCCAGAAACAACUAAUGCUCCGAGCACACAUCCACCUUCGUUACCUGAUACUACAAUAUCUCAAAGUACAUCUAUGCCAGAAACAACUGAUGCUCCUAGCACACGUCCACCUUCGUCACCUGAUACUACAAUAUCUCAAAGUACAUCUAUGCCAGAAACUACUAAAACCCCGAGCACACAUCCACCUUCGUUACCUGAUACUACAAUAUCUCAAAGUACAUCUGUGCCAGAAACAACUAAUGCUCCGAGCACACAUCCACCUUCGUCACCUGAUACUACAAUAUCUCCAAGUACAUCUAUGCCAGAAACUACAACAAUUGCCACAAGUUCACCGUCAUUUUCUACUCCAAGCUCACCUACGAACAAACCAGAAAUAAUAUUAUGCCAUGAAUUUAUACUUGGUCAUUACCACUGUGAAACUUCAUAUGCUAUAUAUAUAGUAAAAUCAAUUAAACAUUUUCUUGGCCUAUAAUUAGUUAGAAAUAAGAAUGUAGUGAAUAUUGAUGUAUAUCUACUAUGAUAAAACUAUUUUAAAUUAUACAAAUAUUAUAUAAUAUUUUCUUAUAUAAAAUUUAUUGAGCUACCUAUUUAAUAAUACAUUCAUUUAUAUUUUUUUUAAACAAUGAAUAAUAUAUAUUUUUACUAUAAUAUUACAUAAUAUUAUAUUGCUGUAUUUAUGGCUUUUAAUCAAAGGUCAUAGGUGGUUUGCAUACUGUGAUUACAUAUUCGGUGACGAAUACUUCUUCUCCGUUAUAUUUGUCUGAAAUACAACUAAAUGAUACAAUCUUAAAAAUAUUAUUGUCAGCCACUUAUAAUUAAAAUAUAUAUUUUAUAACUAUAAUAAAUACAUAUUUUAUACUAUUAUUACAUGCUUUUCUUUAACUCGCAAUGUUUCAUUCAUUUCUGUUGUCAUCAAAUCUUGUGAGUUCAAUUUAUGUCACUUUUACAUGACCUAGGAGGCUCAAAUUUUGUAUGGAGGUCUAGGGUCAGUGACAAUACAUGACCCAGUUGUCAAUUCUUGACCUGGACAACCAGGUCGCCGAUGACGGGUGUACCUGGAGGUCAUCUCCAGAGGAGCAA